GCAGCCGCAUCCGCUGCCCCCGCCCGCUGCCUUUACGCCGUUUGCGUAGCGUGCCCCAAGAUGGCGUUGCGGUCGUCGUUGGCGGCGGCCGGAGAGCUGGCGGCGGCGGCAGAGCUGGUGGAGCUGACGGGGGGGAUGAGGCGGGCGAAAGGCGGCAGCGGCAGCAGCGUGUAGCGGAGGCUCCCGGCGUGUGAGAGACUCUCCUGGGAGGCGGGUCCCCUCAGUCCCCGCUGCCGGAGACCGGCGGGUCCCACCCCCCUCAGGGCCGUCUCCCCCCCCCCCCCGCCUUAUUCCCCACUGGGCCUCUUGGAGCCCAGGCCUUGCUCCCCCCACAACGCCCCGUCCUCGGUGUCCUCCCCGCGCCUGGGCCUACCCCUUUAGCGCCGAGCCCCCCACUCAGCCCCCUCGCUGCCCCCCCUCCCCCAGAACGGAGGAUGAUGAAGCUCAAGUCCAACCAGACUCGCACCUACGACGGGGACGGGUACAAGAAGCGGGCGGCCUGCCUGUGCUUCCGCAACGAGAGCGAGGAGGAGUCUUGGAUCAUACUAUCCAGUUUACUUGAGACCUUUGAGCUCCAUGCUUAUACUGGGGAGUACAGCUUUUUAGAUGUAUGAAUUUCCCUGUGUACAUCCUGUUUGCUUUCGAAGAACACAACAAUGUCACAACUUCACUUUGAUCUAGGUUUUUGUCUGGUGCUCUUGGUGAGCAGUAGUCGCCAUCCAGACAGAUGGAUUGUCCCAGGAGGUGGCAUGGAGCCUGAGGAGGAGCCCAACGUGGCUGCUGUGCGGGAAGUCUGUGAAGAGGCUGGAGUGAAAGGGACAUUAGGAAGAUUAGUAGGAAUUUUUGAGAAUCGGGACAGGAAACACAGAACAUAUGUUUAUGUACUUAUUGUCACAGACGUGUUGGAAGACUGGGAGGACUCUGUCAAUAUUGGAAGGAAAAGGGAAUGGUUUAAGAUAGAAGAUGCUAAAGAAGUUCUGAAGUCUCACAAACCAGUGCAGGCCUCAUACUUUGAAACCUUGAGACAAGGCUGUUUGGCAAACAACGGCACUCCUGUCAUGACCACUUCAUACACUGACUCUAAUGAGAGCUCUGUCUCUGACAUCAGAUGACUGAAGAUGUCCCUAUAAAAGAAAGUUUUGGAAAAUAGACUGAAAAAUGGAUUUCCUUCCUCCUCCCUCUCCCACCCCCUUUCACAUGCCUCCUCUGUUGAACAAGGCAUGGGCAGCAGCCUGUGGCAAAGCAAGUGUUAAGAGUGGUGCAGUUUAGUGCAAGGUGGGGUUUUUUGCUUUUUUGGAUAUAUGUAUUUUGUAAAAUACAUUUUGUGCAUGAAGUGCCCCUUUCCCUUUACACCGCUACCCUGGCCUGGAGAGCGACGCUGCUCGUUUCGCCUCUGCCUUGUGUUCUGAAGUGUUCCCAUAUGUGUCAACCCAGCCAUAGCCAGACAUUUUUCUUUUUUUUUUUAAUUAAAGACUGCAAAUGUGA